GAUUGACCAUACAACCUAUUUCUGGUAACGUUGUCUAUAUUUAUGCGCGUGGACUUUGUGGUCGUAAUGAGCCUGGAGCGAGGCCUGUACACGGUGUGGGUUGGGGAGGAUGAAACGGGGCUCUGGUGAGACUUGCGUGAGAAAAAUGUCACUUUCUUCAUGUGUGCUUUUUGCCGCCAUAAUUGGAUGGUCUUAUUGUUACAUGACUGCACAACAGCAUGUAGCCUACAAAGCUCAUGGGCGUUUGUAGGACCAACCCGACCUUUUCUCUCGCGGACUUUUUUAGAUUAUUCUCGACAGGGGGAAAAAUGAUUUAAUGUUUCACCUUCUGCACAAGUGUUGCUCUGUUAUUAAUAUUUCCCAGCACCUUUAACCUGCGACACUCUCUGGACCUGUUGAAAUAUGCACCAUGUUCCCUAUUUAUCAUUAUGUCAGCUGAUGUAUGGAUGAGGGGAAACGCAAUCCCUUAGUUGACAACCUGCUCCUCUAAUGCUCUCACCACUAACCCCGCCCUUCUCCCCCAUGUCGGCCUGUUUGUAAGGUGACACCAGCCAAUCACGUCUCCUUCCGCUUCUACCUAGCAGAGAAAAAAACAGCAGAAGGAGGCGGAAACCCGUCUGGGCUGUAUAUAAGCGGUUAAGCGUGGGAUUUUUGCAUCAACGUGUCACCCUCCAGUGGUUCACCGUCUGACCGGGAACGCACCACGGAGAGCACAGGGAACCGGAGAUCCGUGCUGGCGUGUGUUGCGAUUCGCUGUGGACUUUGACCGGCAGUGACCGAGAGGGGAAACCCCACAGCGCCUGCAGCUGCCAGGCCGGGACUGAAACUCAUGCUGCCGCUUGACGAGGAGCUGUCCGUCCGCUGUGGUGCUGAACCGCAGGACUCGACCCUUCAACCGGUGACGUAGAGCCGAGACUCAUCCCAGACUCUCACAAGACUCAACUCAAAGUAAAAAAAAAAAACAAAAAAAAAAAACAGCACAGGUUUAUUUAUGUUCACAUGUGUAUGGAUUUGAAGCAAGUAAACAAGACAGAAAACACGGAGCAGAAGUGAUGGCUGGACUCCCCCCCGCCCUCGGCGUCACUCCGGAGGUCUGAGCUCGCACCGGAACCCAGCGGAGCCUCCGUAGAUGAGGAGAGUGACAGAGGCUUUCGAUCAGUGAGGUACGCUGGUCGUCUCUUACACAAGGAAAUUAGGGAAAGAGAUUUGAUAGAUUGCUCUCCUAAAGGCUCUACAUGCAGCUGAGAAAAUGGGCUGUAUCAGCUCCAAAGCGCCAGUUGUGGCGGUUGACGGUUCGUUGCGCGUGGACUGGAGCGCGGCGAGCUCCCUGUCUGACCUCGCGCUUUUGGGGAGCACGCGGACCUGCUUGGCGCGCAGACUGAUUCUGACAGCACCUUUGGGCGCACUGGACUUCAGCGAGGUGAAUGUUGAUGACACCAUUGAAAUGUUACCAAAAUCAAGAAGAGCUCUUACCAUUCAAGAGAUUGCUGCAUUAGCGCGAUCCUCCCUGCAUGGAAUCUCCCAGGUAGUGAAGGACCAUGUGACAAAGCCCACAGCGAUGGCGCAGGGCAGAGUAGCCCACCUGAUAGAGUGGAAAGGCUGGUGUAAGCCUAUAGACACUCCAGCAGCCCUCGAAUCAGACUUCAACUCUUACUCUGACCUCACCGAGGGAGAACAGGAGGCACGCUUCGCUGCUGGUGUGGCAGAGCAGUUCGCCAUCGCGGAGGCUAAACUGAGAGCCUGGUCAUCUGUGGAUGGCGACGAGUCCAACGAUGACUCAUAUGAUGAAGACUUUCUGCCUGCCAACGAGCCCACCACACAGAGCACAGAUGUGCCGUCGUACCCUCCGUACUUGAAGGACCUGAUCCACAGCCAGCUUUGCCAACACCUUGGCCUGCGGGGGCCCUGUUGCGAGAGCGGAGGCGGCAGCGGCGGAGAGGGAAGCGGCAGCGGCGGAGAGGGAAGCGGCAGCGGAGAGCCCUCCCCAACGGCAGGCUCCCCGGACACCCUGUGCUCCAGCCUCUGCAGCCUGGACGAGCACCACCCGCUGCUGCGUGACCUGGGCGGCCACCGCGGCACCCACUCCCACAGCAACGUCGCAGAGCUCGCCGCAAAGAUCCUGUCGGCGCUGCAGGGAGGGGAGGAGCUGUUGGCGCGACUUCAGAGGGCGGGGCAGAGCGGGCCCGGCGGCGGGGACUGCGUCUUCCACAGCCUGGGUGGAGGAGGGCGGGGCAUCAGGCCCUGCGGGGGUCAGGACUCUCCCUGCUACUCCAUGUCUUACUCUGAGACGUACCUGUCGCCGGGCGAGGACGACGACACCCCCUGCAAGGACUACGAGAACACCGUGUGCCAGGUGGAGGCGCAGGGGAAUGGGGUGGAGUACCCGCCUGCCUAUGACCCGCGCAGGAGGGUCUCCGACGUGGCGUCCUCUGGGGUGGUGUCGCUGGAUGAGGAGGAUGAAGAGGAAGAGGAGGAGGAGGAGGAGAGGGCAGGAGCGCCA